AUGGGUCUUGUUGAUGGUAGUUUGUGUCUUUGUUUUUCAUUCUUUGCAGAUGAUGCAGAACUGCUGCUGGAAGAGGGAGGCCUGGUGCAAGUGGAGAGCGUUAAUCUUCAAGUUGCUACUUACUCAAAAUUUCAGCCACAGAGCCCAGAUUUCUUGAAUCACAAAUCCCAAAGCUGUAUUAGAAAUGCAUUGAGAAACUUUGCUUGUCUCACUACUGGGGAUGUUAUUGCCAUCAACUACAAUGAAAAGAUCUAUGAGCUUCGGGUAAUGGAGACCAAACCGGAUACUGUAUCCAUCAUCGAAUGUGAUAUGAAUGUGGAUUUUGAUGCUCCUUUGGGGUACAAAGAACCAGAAAGAAGUGCACAACAUGAAGAGACAACAGAUAUUGAAGCUGACCAUAGUGGAUAUGUCAGUGACAUGGGAUUCCGUGCGUUCUCUGGCUCUGGGAAUAGAUUGGAUGGCAAGAAGAAAGGUGUGGAGCCCAGUCCAUCGCCAAUUAAACCUGGAGACAUCCGAAGAGGAAUACCAAAUUAUGACUUCAAGAUCGGUAGAAUCACAUUCAUGAGAAACUCACGCCCACAAGCUAAAAAGUCGACGAGGAUGAAUCUGGGGGCCGGUUUAUUGCCUUUUCAGGAGAAGGCCAGUCCCUGCGCAAAAAGGGAAGGAAACCCUAAGCUGUGGUACCUCUGGUCAGUUGGGGAAAAUAAAAGUAACAGUUGCAGAUCAUUGGAUCCUGGUUAUUGCAGUGGGGAAGAGCAAACAUUUUGCAGCACAGGAGCACUUCACUGGUUUUGGUUUUACCUGUAAAACUGGAUCUGUAGAACUGUUCAAACUGUCAGUGAAAAUUAAGUCCUGGGAAUUCUGAGGGAGUUUCUGUAUGUGUUGUAAAGUCUACCCUGGAAAUUCUGGGCAGUAAAACCAGCAGGGUCUGCAUACUCCCUUCUCCUGUCCCAAGUAG